AUGGCUAUACAACGCACGACAUCCCAUGAUAGCUCUGCGGAGAAGCAAUAUGCCACCCAUAUCGAAGGGGAGGCAGUAGUGGAUGAGUAUCUCCCUCUAUUUCCCCUUCUGGUCAACAAAAGCCUCGAGGAACGUCAGAAAAUCGAAAAGAAGCUCAAGCGCAAACUGGAUUGGGUUUUCUUGCCGGUUGUUACGCUCAUGUUGCUGAUGGGAUACCUCGACCGCAUCAACGUGGCAAAUGCUCGGCUGGCAGGUAUGCAGGAUGACCUACACAUGUCUGACACUAUGUGGUCUGCUGGAAUCUCGCUGUUUUAUGUUGGUUAUAUCAUCACUCAACUUCCUGCCACUGUCUACCUCGCCAAAGGCCUGCCGCGAUGGCAGAUGCCAGCCUAUGUCAUUGCAUGGUCUGUUGUCACAGCCUGUAUGGCUGCCAUGUCUUCAGGAUGGUCUUUCUUGGUAUGCCGCUUCAUGGUCGGCGUGGCUGAGGGCCCUUUCCUUCCCAUGGUCAGCUUGAUGACCUCCUCAUGGUAUACAAAGGAGGAGGCCCCUUUGAGAAUGGCCAUCUGGCAUGCUGGUAAUAUCGCUUCCAACAUCUUCUCUGGGCUGCUUGCGGCUGGUAUCUUGGAAAAUAUGAACGGUCUUGCCGGUAUCGUUGGGCUGUUCGUCGCUGCCAUGGGGUUUUGGUGCAUCCCCAACUUCCCUCACAACACGGGCACAUACUUCAUGACCCCCGAGAUGGCAGAGAUGGCCCAAUAUCGAAUGAUCGUCUCAGCAGGCGGGCGGUCCGAGGACGACGAAGGUGGUGCUUGGGAAGGAGUCAAGCUUGCAUGCAAAGACCCAUUCACCUGGAUUUAUACGGUGCUUCACUUUGGUCUUAUUGUCGCUCUUUCAUUCAAAGAUUUCUUCCCAUCGAUUGUAAAAACACUAGGAUACUCGAAUCUUAUGACCUAUCUCAUCCAAGCUCCACCGUAUAUCUUCGCUUACCUCGCCACUUGUGUAAUCUCCUGGUCGUCAGGAAGACAUAUGGAGCAUUGCUGGCAUAUAAUUGGCAGCACAGUUGCAUGCAUCAUCGGCGUCGUUAUCAUGAUCUCGACCCUGAACGCAGGUGCCCGAUACUUUGGCAUGUUCCUUUUAUGUGCGGGACCUUUUGUUGGCCUGAAUAUACACAUUCCUUGGGAAACAACCAACGUCGCUCGCCCUCGUACAAAGCGUGGUGCUCUGGUUGCCAUUACAAACUGCAUCGCAUCAGUCUCCCACUGGUUCACACCAUACUUCUUCGUAGGUCUCUCACCCUCAGCGCCCCAGAUUCCUACUUACCAGCCAAGCUUCGCUCCCAAGAACCUCGCUAUCAGAAUGGUGGCAUUUUGA